CAUUUGGAUGGGAUGUGCUCUAUUCCUCACGCUCCUGUCUUUUUGUCUCCACAGAGCAUGUUCAAAUGAGGCACCUUAGCAACCUCUGUGUUAGUGCAUAUGAUGGUGCUGUAAUCUUCUGUGUUGUAAAGUGGGUAAAAAUCAUCCAGUUUCUCCUCGGUUGGACCUCGAAGCCGGGUGUCGUUUAUGCUCUCCUGUUAUCUGCACCCUCUCUUCUCUCAAUGUGGAUUUAAAGAAGCAAGCACCUGUCUUCUCUUGCCACUGCAUUUUUAAAAGCCAAACUUUCCAUGCCAUUGUAAUCGUAUGUUAAGAAGGUACGUGACAUAACACACUGACUUCUAGUGAUGCCGAAUUCUACAAUCCGGGCAGUUUUGUCAACAAGAUUUAAUGCACUUUAACUGAAGAAAAAAACUGAGCCUAACUGCAAAUGUGUUUCUUAUGGUGCUGAAAUAUCCCUUCCGACUGCACUGAGAUAACCACAGGAAAGGGCUUUUACAGGCAGAAGUCACCUUUGAUUGUUGCACUUAGCAGUCCCCGUGGACUUAAAUUUUGGGAACGCUGCUUUCCUUUGUUCAUUAUCUCCGGCAAGAUGAUGAGUUCUAACCAGGAGGAGGUCACUUUGGGCGCUUUUCUCCAGUAUAUUGAAGAUAUGGGGAUGAAGGCCUACGAUGGCUUGGUUAUACAGAAUGCAUCAGACAUUGCUCGAGAGAAUGAUCGCAUGAGGAAUGAAACAAACCUGGCUUACUUGAAAGAAAAGAAUGAAAAACGCCGAAAACAAGAAGAAGCAAUAAAACGCAUAGGUGGAGAAGUAGUAAGAGGAAAUGAAGGAAGCUACGUGGGAAAACAUUUCCGCAUGGGAUUUAUGACAAUGCCUGCUCCUCAGGACAGACUGCCACAUCCUUGCUCCAGUGGCUUCACCGUGAGAUCCCAGUCUCUCCAUUCUGUUGGAGGAACUGAUGAUGAAAGUAGCAGCUCUCGAAAGCAGCCACCACCAAAACCGAAGCGAGACCCCAACACCAAAUUGAGCACCUCGUCUGAAACGGUCAAUACAGGAACAACAAGUAAGAGUGGGAAACUGCCGGACAGGACUGAAGUGUCAGCCAAACCAAGACCUCACAGUGAUGAAUAUACAAAGAAGAUUCCACCUCCUAAGCCGAAACGAAAUCCAAACACUCAACUAAGCACAUCUUUUGAUGAAACGUAUAUCAAAAAGCAUGGCCCCAUGAAGACAACACUCACUAGGGAUGCCUCUUUAUCGCAGGUCAGCAGUCCUGCUCCAGACACAGAGGAAGAAGAGCCUGUUUAUAUUGAAAUGGUUGGGAAUAUACUCAGAGACUUCAAAAAAGAUGAGGAUGACCAAAGUGAGGCAGUCUAUGAGGAGAUGAAAUACCCUAUAUUUGAUGACGUAGGCCAAGAUUCAAAAUGUCAAUGCGAAUAUGACCAUCACACUUGUUCUUCUCAGUGUGCUACUCCCACAGUGCCUGACCUAGAUUUCACCAAGUCUUCAGUGCCAUCUACUCCCAAGGGCUUGCUUUGUGAUAUACCCCCGCCAUUUCCAAAUCUGCUUUCUCACAGACCUCCACUGCUGGUGUUCCCACCAGCACCAGUGCAGUGCUCCCCGAAUUCUGAUGAGUCUCCUCUAACUCCGCUAGAGGUCACAAAACUUCCUGUUUUAGAAAAUGUGUCUUACAUCAAACAACAAGCUGGAGCUUCUCCAUCUUCACUGCCACCUCACACACCAGGCCAUCAAAAACUGGAGAAAGACCAGACAGUGUCUCAUGGAACUACCACCCCUGGGCACAGCUCCUCGCCUCCUCAUCCUUCCACCUUAUACAGAACACAAUCUCCACAUGGUUAUCCUAAAAGUCACUCUGCCUCACCUUCUCCUGUCAGUAUGGGUAGGUCUCUUACCCCCUUAAGCCUCAAAAGACCUCCACCUUAUGACUCUGUACAUUCAGGAAGUCUCUCAAGAAGCUCCCCAUCAGUGCCUCAUUCUACAACCAGAAACACAUUGCAAGAAGGAGGAAAGAUGGUAAAUGCCUCGGUCAAUACCUACGGGUCAUCAUGUCAGAGCAGUUCACGUUCUCGGACACCCACCAGUCCCCUGGAGGAACUAACCAGCCUCUUCACCUCAGGACGAAGUCUUCUGAGGAAGUCCUCCAGUGGCCGAAGAUCCAAGGAACCUGCAGAAAAACCGCUGGAUGAGCUGAAGAUCAGAAGUCACAGCACUGAACCACUACCAAAGCUGGAGAACAAGGAGAGGGGAGGCCAUCACGGGACAGCUUCCUCCAGGGAGCCAGUCAAAGCUCAGGAAUGGGAUGGCACACCGGGACCGCCGGUCGUAUCCAGCAGGCUGGGAAGAUCCUCUGUCAGUCCAACCAUGUUGGCUGGAAGCAACAGCUCAGAGCCUAAGUCCAGCUGCAGACUAGGCCGCUCCGCGUCCACGUCCGGUGUGCCUCCUCCAUCCGUGACUCCGCUCAGGCAAGCCAGCGAUCUCCAGCCGAGCCAGGUGACAUGUAUGCAAUGGUUGCAAGGGGACCACACGAUGCUGGAUAUGAUUGAGAAGAAACGUUGCCUCUGCAAAGAAAUAAAAGCUCGCCAGAGAUCAGAAAAAGGACUCUGCAAGCAGGACAGCAUGCCUAUUUUGCCAAGCUGGAAAAAGAACACUGGGACCAAGAAAUACAGCCCUCCUCCUUAUUCCAAGCAACAGACUGUUUUCUGGGACACUGCAAUUUGACAGGCGCCCGGAGGACGCCCUCGCCACUGUGCUGCGCCGUGCCCAGGUAGCCUGCUCUCUUAGUAAGGCACAGGCUCUCACGUAGGACUUACUGCACGUGUGAACUUCCCGGGAAGAAGCACACCCGUACAGUGCUCACCGGUCCAUCAGGAGAGAGAUUUAAGUUCCCGACUGGAUUAAGGCAUACAUAUUUAUCCAGGAUUUUUUUUGAUCCGGAAGAUAUCAAAAUGUAAAUAUUUUGCCAAUAUAUUGAAAACACCCAAACUAAUACACUGUUUAAAUAUAUAUAUAUCUAUAAAUUCAGAAAUUUAUGAAGAAUUUUACUAUAUAAUGUUACUGUUAUACUGUUUUAUUAACUCUUUUCUAUGUAGUAUUGUAAUGUUUUCCCCCCACCACCACCAUUUUAUUUCUCUUCCCUGCCUAGGCUUGGCCUCUGUACAAAAGCAUGUGGUUGUAGGUGUUG